AUGGCGGAUCCUUUUCGCGCAGCCAUCGGUCCAGACGACCUCUUCGCGGCUGCUGCAAGUCCAACCAAUGGCGCCUCUAAUGGCACGGACCCGCGUCGUCUGUUGCCGCACCACCAACAUCUUCAACUUCACCACCUCCAACCCCAGCAACCUCCCUCGCCAUCUGCUGCUGCCCACUCCGCCGUCGCCCAGUCCGAUCUGCUCGCCGACCAGCUCUUCUUCGACUCCUUCCCUUCCUCUGCCUCUUCUGCCUCUGCCUACGCCGCCGCCCCGCAACAGCCCCCGCCCCCGCCCCCGCCCCCGCACUGGCUCCACCAGUCCGUCGUCAAUCCCUCGUCCGCUCAGCCUGCUCCCUCGACAUCAAACCUUUUCCAGGCCGCCGCCUACGGUUCUUCCCCGUCUCUGAAUCAUUUUAACCUCCAGUCCGACUUUGUCCCCUCGAUGUCCCCGCUCGCAAAUCCCUCCGCAAACGGCCAUCCCUUUGACUAUGCUCCUGCAGACCAGGACGACCUCAGCCGGCGCGGUGCAAGGCGAAAGCGUCCUCCUAUCGACUACGCUGCCAUAGAAGAGACAAACGACUUUUUAUUUGAUCCCCCACCACGGCAAUCUCCGCAACCCAAGAAACUCAAGUCAGCCCAAGUCCGCCCACCCUUCGCCAACGACAAACCCGUCGUCGUCAACCCCAGUCCCUCAGAAUACUGGUACACCCAGAGCAAAAACUGCCAGAGCAUGAACGUCGGCGUCCGGCGCUGCCGCGCUUGCACGCGUCGCAAAUCUGGCGUCGGCGCAUGCAGAUUCAUCACCGUCCGUGUGUUCAAAGAAGACGUCUCGGGCCCGUACUACGACGGCGAGGAUCCCGACUACGGCUUCCGCAAUUUUCUCAGCACGAUCAAAAUUGAUGAAGCCGCGCCUUCGACCGGACCCGAUGCGCGCAUCUGGUCGUCCCCUUUUCUCUCUGCGACUACCUUCACCGCCCCGCCGACAUCGCUCGCCGACAUCACCUACGUGCUCGACCUCGUGAGCGUCACUCUACAAGAUUUUCUCGCCCAAGAGCUCGUGCUCGAAAGCCGCGAAAACCUCCUGCGCGUGAUCCCAAAGGACGCCGACUACCGCUCGCUGUGCGACAUCUGCGGCACCUCCAUCUUCUCCGGCAGAUUCAUGUGCUACUUCUGCGGCCUCGAGAUGUGCAUCGACUGCUUCGACGACUGGCGCAACCUGGGCUCGAAUCCGCCGGACCGCAAGCUGGCGCGCAACACGCAGCAGUUUGUCUUUGAGUUUUGCGCGUACGGGAACCGGCAUGAUCGCUCCUCGCUCGUGCCCGUCACGCGCAUGCUCCCGGGAGACUUGCAGGCGGUUUACGACGACGUGAGUGCGCGCAUCGCGCUUGGUGCGGCCGAACUCGCGGCAAGCACACACCUCAAGCGCGAAACCGCGCCGCUGCCGCCGAUCGCGCAACCGCUGCUUGACGUAGACAAAGUUCUCUCGCAUCCAAAACGCAUCGAUUUCGGCAGCGGCGAGCUCUCGAUCGACCAGUUCCGCGAAAAAUGGAGCGAGGGCAUGCCACUUGUCAUCCACGGCGCCGGCAGUGCGCUCAAGUACGACUGGUCCGACGACGCCUUCCUCCUGCACCCCAAGAGUGGCGACCACUGUACUUUAUUGAACGAGACCGGCGCGCUCUACGACUCUACCGUUCGCGAGUUUUUUGAGGGGUUCAAGACUGGUUUGUUUCGUGGGCUGCUGCCGGGAAUGAGACUGAAGGAUUGGCCUGUUCAUGCCUCGUUCGAGCAAGUUUAUCCUGACCUCUUUGUCGACUUUGACAACGCACUCCCGUUUCCCAUCUACACGCGACACCUCGGAUUCAUGAACCUGGCAUCGAUGUUCCCCGUCGAAGCCAACAAGCCCGAUCUAGGACCCAAACUCUACACCGCAUACGCCUCCUCGCACGCUGCCAAGGGCCGCGGCAGUACCACGCUGCACAUGGACGUCACCGACGCGUGCAACAUCAUGUGCUACUCCGUCGCCAACGGCAGUCCGGACUCGCUCGACAACGUGCCCGGCGCAGACACAGACACAGACGCACAACAGUCUCCUCCCGCCGUGAUCGGCGCGGUCUGGGACAUCUUCCGCGCCGAAGACAGCGACAAGAUCCGGCAAUUCAUCCUCGAGCGCGAACAGGAAGAUCCCGACCUGUACCACAACCCGCAGCUGCCGACGUCCAAGUCCGGCAAGUCCGCGCCCAAGACCGCGACAGACGAUCCGAUCCACCGACAGAUCUUUUAUCUGACCGACCCGGAGCUGAUUUUGCUGCGCAAGCGAUACGGCGUCGUGCCAUUUCGGAUCUGGCAAAAGGUGGGCGACGCGGUGUUUGUCCCCGCCGGAUGCGCGCACCAGGUUUGCAAUCUAUCUUCUUGCGUCAAAGCUGCCAUCGACUUUGUCUCACCCGAAAAUCUGGACCGCUCAUUCAAAGUUAUGCAUGAAACCCGCAACCUCGCGCGCGUGAAGAAGAAAGACGACCUGCUGCAGUUCAAGCAGAUCCUUUUCUGUGCAUACAUCAGAGCAAAAUACGAACUCCGUCUCGCCACCCAAUGCUGA